CUUUUGGCAGUAUGGAUUGUCAACCAGUAGGUGGGAGUGUUCCACCCUUGUCAACACCAGAAGAAGUGCGAGCGAUGUUUGGCAAGAACCGAGGCAUUCAAGGUCACCAGAAUUCAUGUUAUCUUGAUGCCACACUGUUCAGUAUGUUUGCAUUUACCAGUGUCUUUGACAAUCUGCUGUUUCGACCUCCAACUCCUCAGGACAUAAAAGAGUAUAAUGAGGUCCAAAGAGUGUUGAGGGAAGAAAUUGUGAAUCCUUUAAGAGCAAAUCUCUUUGUGCGUGCUGAUAGAAUUAUGAAGCUUCGUACAAUGCUUGACCAUCUUUCCUCUGUACGAGGCCUGACCACAGAAGAAAAAGACCCGGAGGAGUUCCUGCAUUCCCUUCUUGCACAGAUCUUGCAGGCUGAGCCACUGUUGCAGCUUUCCUCAGGACAAGAAGCAUACCACUACCAACUCUUUGUGGAUAAGGAUGAGAAGUUGAACCUGCCGUCAGUUCAGACACUGUUUGAUCAGUCCUUUCUUACCUCAGAUAUCAAGCUGAAGCAAGUUCCGUCCUGUUUAAUAAUCCAGAUGCCAAGGUUUGGAAAGGAUUACAAGAUGUACCCAAGAAUAUUACCAUCCAUGGUUUUAGAUGUUACUGAUGUUAUUGAAGAUUCACCUCGCCAAUGUAUCAUCUGUGGGAAGCUUGCAGAAUAUGAAUGCCGAGAGUGCUUUGGCCAGUGUGGGUCAGGUCUGGAGAGCAUUGCAUUCUGUGCCAAGUGCAUGGACAAGGUUCAUAGCCAUAAGAAAAGGGGAAGUCAUGGAUCAACCCGAAAACUGAAAGUGCCCCCAGACUUCCAGAUGUUAGCAGACCAUUGUGGAUCCAUUCCGAGAGUGUACAUGGAGCUCUUUGCUGUAGUGUGCAUUGAGACAUCGCACUAUGUGGCUUUCACACGGUGUGGUUCAGGUGCUGAUGCCACUUGGUGCUUCUUUGACUCCAUGGCUGACAGGAAAGGGGAACAACACGGCUACAACAUCCCAACAGUAGUAGAAUGCGGAGACCUCAUGCAGUGGGUGGGAGAGGAAGGCAGCCAGAUGCUCCACGCUGUCACUGACAACAAAGCCCUGCCUGACCUCCCUCGACGUCUGCUCUGUGAUGCGUAUAUGUGCUUCUAUCAGAGUCCCAAAGUAAUGAUGUAUAGAUAAGAUAUGAAGUUUUUGCACAAUUGCAAUGCAUUUUUUCAACAUAAUUGCAAAAAUGUUGAGGAAAUUAAUGUGUGAUAAUGGGUAUUGCCCCCUCCCUCUCUUUAAUAAGGUUUUCAGUAUUGUUGAAAUUCAAACCAGUGUUACAGAAACUCACACAAAUUAUAAGAAGAAAAACAGAGCACAAAACUUCUUAUUCAUAGUAGCUGUUUGGUCUGUGGUUUGGAUAACCACCAUAGGGAGCCAAUUGCACUAACCCAGUCUUAAGCAUUGCCUGAUUGUGGCAGCACUAGUACUGGGUCAGGCGUGGAUGUCCUUCAGCCUUCAACCAGAAUACCAGCUUGGUGGCAAUGUUUGUCUAGGGAGACUUCUAUUUACUGUUUUACAAAUUCUAUCUUGAAUAAGAUUACAAGUCCUGCAAAGUGAAGGGGUUAUUGAACUGAUAAUUAUGGUUGGAACAGAUUAUUAAUGAUACAUACUUACUGUAUCUUAUUCAAAGUUUUGAAAGUUGCCAUUAGGUCUUCUGCUUUUUGGAUCCUUUUAAAUGUAGUGUGCUCUUUUGAUUUUGAAAUUUGAACUGUAUAUGGAGUAAAGAGACAAGUUCCCAGAAGGCAGGUAAGGUAGCACUUAUUUUGCUGUGACAUUCAUGUAGUCAAGUGUCAUGACUACCAUGAUUAGAAAUCAGUGUUCUGUUGUUUAGCUUUAUGUGAGUAAAAGCUGCUAAUAUGCUAGUCUAGAUUAAUUUUUUAUCCUUUACUUCAGGAGUAGGUGAGAGCUAUGUAUCAUGCUUGUGUAGUAAAUGAUCUGGUAUUGAAUAAAUAAUUAUCUGUCUCUUGAGGUCUGGUGCAAAGGGUUAUAUAUACUGGAUGUAAUUUUUUUGGUUGCUUAAUAAACUGAAAUUUUCUUGUUAUCACAAAAGCUUACCUGGGCUAACAUAGCCAGUGAGAUUCCUAUAGAGAAGGGGUUUGAGUACCAUGCAGGCUGGAUUUUUUUUUAAUCAUCUGCUUUAUAGUAAUAGAGGUAGAUAGUUUUAAUAUUUUCCAUAAAAGUGAACUGACUGUAUGUUAUUUUGUAAUAUGAGGAAUUUGCAUGAUUUUUCUGGCCUUUUAGUUUAAUAAUGCAGCCAUUUUUACACUCCCUAGUGGAUGUGAUGACAGACUUUUCUAGCCACUUUUUGGGCCACAUGUCAUGUCUUCUUGCCAUGAAAGGAAUAAUGUCAUGUUUUCACUGCAUCAGCCAGGAAAAGGGGAGUGAUACAUUUUUAAUUAAUUCUUCUUAAUUUCAUCUGUUAGUUGCAAGUUUUAUGUGCACAAAGUAAGAAACUCUAAUCUACAAAUAUUACAAGGGAAUAUGAAAAUGUAAACUACAGCCUGGAUUGAUAUUCUUAGACCUCAUGUAAGCUUCAAACUUAACCAGCAGUCAGCUCUGCUUAAUUGUACAACAUUUAUUAGUUAGUCUUGAAUUUGUGAUAGUUUAUGAAAUGUAUAAAAUUUUAAUGAGACAUGAAUAUAGAAUUGGUUUUGCAGAUUUUUCCUUGUGUACCCCCAGCUGUUGUGAACUUGCACCCCAUGGUGUAUAUACACUACUAUUUAGGAACAGCCUCAUCAUGUCACAUACUUUAAUUGUUUAAUUUUUGAAAGGAGAGUAUUGUGAUUUUAAGUGUAUUACCCUUUGAAAAGCACUUGAUUAGCAAUGAAAUAUAUAUUCUCAUAAGUCAGAAACUGAAAAAGUAAUUAUUUUUGAUAUUUGAUGUAAUUUCAUGGCUUUAUUAUGUUUUGAAAAAAUAGUUUCAACAAGCAAUAUAUGAUAUGAGUGUGCCUGCAGAGAAGCAGGAAUGAUGUGCGUGAUGGGAAGAGGUAAUGUUUAUCAAAGGCUAGAGA